CUGGGCUCUCUUAUCAAAUAUUGCCAACGGAACGUAUGCAAUUUUACCACUAAGGCAAUAAAUCAAAGAAAACGUACUUACUUAUUUCAGCAUGUAUUUCACCCUUUAUUUUUAGUACAUAACAUAAAAAAAUAAUAUAAUAUCAUAAAUCCUAAAUUAUAUUAUGUUAAAAUUUUAAAUCUUGAUUUGUAUCACUUGCAAUUGAAUAAAUAACAUGAAUUACAUAGUUUCAACUAAAGACAAUCAUUAAAAGUACCUAGGUUUCAAUAAUUCAUAUUAGAGGGUGUUAUUACCAUUAUUAUUUGUGUUCAUUAAAAAGUGAAUUGUGAUUAUUAGUCUAUUCAUUAUAGUAAGCAUUUAAUUUAUAAGUAUUUUAUUUUAACAAAAUAGAGAAUAGUAUUUUUUAUGGUGGUUAUUAAUGUAAAAUUAUUUAAAAUUAUGUAAUUUUUCCAGUUACACAGUAUACAUGAGUGGAAAAAUGCCUAAUAAAGUAUUUAUCGAAGAACAUUUAAAGCAUUGUUUAGAAAAUUUGUCUACCAAAGAAUCGUAUAUUCCAGGAGUUAUUGUAGGACAAGUACGUAACUGAGUAUAAAAUAACUAUAGUUAUCAUUAUAGAAAUAUGUAUUAUGUAUUAUAUAUAAUAAAUAAAUUAAUAAUUGCAUGUUAAUGUAUACAUCUAUAUUUAUAAUAUAUUUUCAAAUUAGGUCAUAGGUGAAAAUUAUUAUGUUGUCCAUUUAUCAGCAAUAAAUAUACAGAAUGAACACACAAACAAAUCACAUGCUCUGGUUUACAAUUGUCCUAGUGAUCUUAUGAUUGAUAGUAAUAGGAUAUUUCAAAAAUCAUUAGAAGUAAUCAAAUUAUAUUUUUAAAAUAGUUUUAGUUUCUUUUAGUGUAUAUAGUGUAGUAAGCUCAUGUCAUUUUAUAUUUUACUUAUUUUUAAGUAUAAAACUUUGUGAUGUACCUAUCUAAUACAUUUUUAUAAUGUAUUUCUACAGGUUGUAAAUUUAUUGCCUGGAGGUUCACAUGUACUUGGUUUAUUUUUCAUUGUUCCUCAAGAUUUAAAAAGCGUUCAACCAAUAAACAUCAAUUUUCACGAAUUCAAUAAUCUAUUAGUUGAAAGUCCACUAUGUGACAAAAACAAAUCAUGGAAUUACUUACAGCUAAACUAUUCGACAGUUAAUAAAAAGUAAACAUUAAAAAAUUAAAGAGGUAUUUAUAUUAAGUAUAAACCUUAUACUAAUAGACUGGACUUGCUUAUAAAGUAGCUAAGGUAGUACCCGGUCAGACAUACUACAGUGGUGUACAGUAAAUUCACAUCAGUUUUGUCAUUGUGUGUUUACAAUGUACAAUAAUAUCACGUAAAAGUCACAAGUCACACGUGAAGAGCACCCUCUAUGACCAUUCUACGUGUACAAAAGGCUUGUCUAUUAGUAUAAGGUCUAUGAUUUUAAGUAAAUUAAUUAAGUUUAUUUUUUAGAUCAUUUUGUUACACAGUUGAUUUUAAUAGUGUAACUACUCCCAUAACAACAACAUAUAAAUCAAUAAGCGAGAUUUUUGGAUCAUUUGAUAAUGAUUGGGUAACUCUUGUUGGAAAAUUUAAUUUUGAUGCACUGGAUCGGUUUAAUGUUUCAGGUGGGCCAAAAGCUUUAAUUUCUAUUAGACAGGUAUAGUUUUUCAUUAUUAUUAACGAUAUUAAAAAGACUACACUAAUUUAUUGGUAUUUUUUUUUAUAGAUUUUAUUAAAUAAACUUGAAUCUAUCUUAAAUGGAUCAGUAUGCACUUUCAAUGGAAAUGUAUAUGAUGAAAAUCAAACACUUAAAGAUUUUGAAUGUAACAGAAUGGGCGAUUUAUUAACAAAUGUUAUUAAUGUAGAAUUUUACAGAAAAGUAUUAAUCAAACUUAUUAACAUUUUAAUUGAUAUUAUAAAUACUUACAAGUGUAGUUAAUAUUUUAGUUAGAUCCAGGCAAUGAAUGUAAAAAAGCUUCUCUCAAGGUGGAAAGAGGAAAAGGAAAAAUAUUGAUGUCAGGUUUAUGCAGUUUAGCUGUACCAUUUAAUCGUAAUGGCACAAUUAAAAGCGCUAUUAAGGUAAACUAAUUAUGUAUUAUUACUGCUUGCUUAAAACCAAAUCUAUAAUUAUUAUUUUUAUUUUUAAUUAAUUUUUAAAAAUCUGCCAUAUUUUCUAUUUUUUAAAAUUAAAUUAAAAAUAAUUAAUUAUUAACAACUUACUUAAUAUUUGUAUUAAUUAUUUUAAUAAACAUUGAAAUACAUAAAUUUUACAUGGUACAAUCAAAACUCUUUAUAACAAAUUUUAAGGUACCAAGAGAUUUAUUUUGUUGUAGAGAGUUUUUGCAAUAGAAAAGUUUAAAGAACUUAUGCAUAGGUUGUUGUAAACCAAAGAAACAAUUAUUAAGUAAUUUUUACAUUAGUUUUUCAUUAUAAAGAGUAUUCACUGUAUAAUAUAAUAGGUAUAUUUAGAUAUGUAGUUUUAUAUUAGAUACUAAACAUUUUAGAAAUAGAAACCCAUAUAUAUGAAAUAAACUAGUCAUCUAUUUUUAUAUACAAUUAAAAUGUGAGGAGAUAUAUUUGAAGUUCUACAGAACUGAUGUGUUUGGUGUGUAGAUGAGCCAGUUUAUGAGAAAAGUUCUAAACAUUGAUUAAUUAAAGAAUAAUUAGAAAUAUUAGAUAUUACCAGGCUUGUUUUAAAAAAAGUUGUUAUAACCGCAAUGAUAUGCUCUUAAAAAAUUAAUUUUCCAAAUAUUAAUUUUAUUAUUAAUAGACACUUCCUUAUCAACAGAAUUACUGAGUAAUAACAAAGAUCAUAUAAUUUAUCACUGUCAUUUUCUUUUAUGACUAUUACCGAAAUAUAAACUGAUAAACUAAAAUAUAAUAUUAACAUUGUAGGAAAUUUUAAUUUUUUUUUCUUUGAAAUGACAUAUUGUGUUAAUGACGUUAAAACUUCAAAAUAUGCAACAAAAAAUUUUGUAUUUGACUUCCUGGCUAUUUUAAAUAAAUUUGUAACUUACUUAGGUGUUACUAUGAUUUUUCAAAACAAAUAUGCAAAUGCUACAAGUCACGAGCCUUGGUUAUUACUUAACGCGUAGUUAUAUAUUGUCUGCAGUUACUACUUUACUCUAAGAGGCUGUCCACUUUAUAUCUCAAUAUUUAACAUCUACAAGAUGACUGAAAUGGAGGUGGUUUUAGGUAUUUUUGAAAUAAAUUUUUUUUUUUAUUAUUUAAUUUGUCACAUAGUACCUUAUUUUGAAUGAUAAAUUUCCGGUAAAUAAUGAUUAACUACAAUAGAGAUAAGAGUGGAAACGUGUAUGGACACUUCAAAUUGAUUUUAUUUUAUUGGUUUCUGUUUUAAAAGUAUUGAACCCGGGAAAUAUAGCUAGUUUACGAUAUAUCCUGAAUUAAUUAUUAUAUCUUCAACAAUCUACUACAAUCAGUAAUGCACUUUUGUUUAAGUUAAAACCUAUUGAAAAAUAAAAUUGAAUUACCAAAACAACAGUAAAUCAAUAUUUUCAAAGUAAUAAGUAUAAUUUAUUUUUUUUCUAGGCUAUCCAUGAAGAUGCUAUGCGGACAUUCACAAUCCGUUUGAAUAUGCAUUUGCAAUUAUUAGCCGAAGAAGAAGAUAUCGAAGAAGAAGGUUCUUCUAUAGACGUGUAUAAUAUGUAUAAUAUAAUAACACAAGUUAUUAUUAUUUUACUUUAGAUGAUGAUACCCAUAUCGUGCAUGAAACUCCACGGCGAAUCUUAAUUUUAAAAACUGAGGGUUCUAGAUUUGUAUUCAGUGAUUAUGUAUUUCCUGGUGAAGCUCCUCAAAGUUCAUUAUCUGUAGCUGGAGAAAUAUUGAACCUUCCCGAACAAAAUAUGAAAUUAUGUGAUGAAUUGGAGAGAGGUAUAAAAUAAUUAUCUUAGCAUUUAUAAAUUAAUUUUUAUGUUACUUACAUUUAUUUGUUUUAAAGGCCGACAUUCAUACUAUGAGACAUUACCAGAUAUGGAUAGUAAUUUAACACAAGAUACAAUUGCUGUGACUACCAAUAACCACAUAAUGCUGUAUUUGUCAUUGAUGGCUGUGUUAAUAGCCAUCUUAGGAUAUUCUAUUGUAUACAUGUAGUACAAAGUUUAAUAUUUAAGUUAUAAUUAAUUUAAUGACUAAAAUUAAUUGCAUUCCUUGCAGUAGGCAAACAAAUAUUGGUUAUCUUUAACUGUGGUUCCAGUUGUAUUGAAAAAUGUGAAAUAUUGUCUGUAUAUUAUUAUUUCUGUGUUAUUACUUUUUAAAACAUUAAUUUAUAUUUUAUAUAUACUUCAUUAGCCCCUAAAAAAAAUUAAUAUAUUUUAUUUCUACUUAAAAACAGACUAUUUACUUUUUAUGCAGAUUUUUAAUCAUUUUUUGAUUUUCAAUAAAGUAUUACCUAUUAAAAACUUUUUUUUUUUUAUUACUCAUAACAGAACUGUAUAUUUGUCAAUUAAUGUAAUAAAUAUUUGGUACU